AUCCUGUUUAGAAAAAGAAAAUAUUAUUUUGUUUUAGUUGAGAGAUAAAAUGGCCUCUGCACCAGAUGAUGAAGAAAACGAGCUUAAUUUCUCUGAUAUAGACUCAGAUGACGACAAUGAAAAUGAGAAGAAUCGACCACUUAUUGCACAUAAGGAUAUGUCUAGUUUUGUAAAUGUACCAAGUGGUGGAAAGGAAAUUAAUAAACAUCAAGUUGACCCUGGUGAAGAUUAUGAACCAAUCAGUCCUCCCAUUCGACAAGAGAAAACAGAUGCUGACCAAAAACAAGUUGCCAAAGAUGGCGAGGAGCAGGACAAUUUUGAUCCAAUUAGUCCUGUGUCUGAGCCAGGUGAUCAGUUUGAAGCUAUAAGUCCACCAGCUAGUCCUAAAGACAGUGAUAAACUGAAAUUUGAAAAUAUUAGUGACGAUGAGGAAGGACAAAAAAAAGAAGAAACUCUUCCUGAAGGAAAGUUUAGUCCAGUGCAAGAAAGUGAUAAUGAAUUAAACUUUGAUGAUGAAAAUUCAAAUGAUAGUGGAUAUCAAAUUGUUAAACCAGCAGACCCGAAAACAGACGGCAGUAACAUUGAAGGAGACACUAAUUCUGAACUUCCGAAGGAAGAUGGAGAUGAAGAUGACAUUGAAGCACCAAUGCCAUCACCAUUCAGUGACAUUGGAGAUGUCGAUGAUAUUCCCGGUACUGAUGGUGCCAUUAUAAAUGAUAUUUUAAAGGACUCAAAUGAGCAGCAGUUUGAAGUUCCAGCAGUUGAUGAAAAUGAAGAUAACAAGAAUUCAGAGAUUACAAAGGAAACUGCUGCAAGUUUGGAAAAGGUUGAUGAUGAACCUGAUCAUAGUGUAGAACAUGAUUCUGAAAAGAUGGAAGGUGACCAGUCUCAAGAACAGUCAAACAUUAAACAGGAUGAAACACCAGAAUCAGCCCCAAAAACGGAUAAACCAACUGAAGGUGGUGAAGAUGAUGAGGACGCAGGUGAUCUUAUUGCUGAUAUUUUUGGUGACAGUGACGAGGAAGAAGAAUUUGAGGGUUUUUCUGAUGAAGAAGCUGCACCAGAACAAAGCAAAGAAUCUGAAGCUAGUGAAAAAGCAAAAGCGACCUCUAAAGAGCAAGAUAGCAGUGAUGAUGAAGAAAUACCAGUCAGAGAUUUUGUGUCAGAUUUUGAUCUCAUGCUGCAAAAGAGAAAAGAAAUGAACAGAAUGAAGAGGAGAGCAAAGAAGGAUUUUGACAUCAUAAACGAUAAUGAUGACAUCAUAGCUGCAAUGAUAAAACAAAUGAACGAAGCUGCUCAAGAAGACAGAAUUUUAAAUCAAGAUGGAAAGGCAGCUACAAAGAAGCUGAAAAUGUUAGAUAGCGUAAUUAGACAUCUAAGAAAGUCUGAUCUGCAACACACUUUUAUUGAUUGUGGAAUACUACCUGCUUUGAAGGAGUGGUUGACGCCGCUACCUGAUCACGCCCUGCCACACAUCAACAUACGAAAAACAUUUUUAAAAUUACUUAUCGAGCUUCCACCUCUCGAUAAGGGUGCAUUGAAAGUAAGUGGUAUCGGAAGAGCCGUCAUGUUGUUGUUUAAACAUCCGAAAGAAACAGUGGAAAACAAAAGGUUGGCGGGAAAAAUUAUAAGUAGUUGGGCCAGACCAAUAUUUAACGUCAGCUCAAAUUUUCAAGAUAUGUCACGCGAAGAACGAGAACAUCGAGACAAAUCAAAUUUACCGGAAAUAAAAAGAAGGCGAUUAAGUUCGGGUGCUGAAUCAAAUCGUCAUACAUUGAACGAUGACAGCGAUAACAAACCAAAGAAGCCUGGAGAUAAAGGCUGGAUAGGUCGAGCACGUGUGCCCAUGCCGUCGCAUCGAGAUUAUGUUAAUCGCCCACGAUACGAGAUGCAAGAAUUUGGAAGCAGGGAAACGAAGAAAGAAUUAAACAGAUACGAGAAACACAUGCGAAAACUAAAAGACAAAAAAACAUUUAGUGGAAGCAGAAAGGCUGUUGGCGUCAGUUUGAAUGGAUCGAAACUUUCGCUGUGAAAAAAAUAGACGUUGAUAAAGUAUAAAGAAUACUCAGCCUCUUUGCUUCUUAGAGUGUGAGAGAAAAAAGUAAUUCUCUUUUUCAUAAAUCAUUUGCAAGCUUGAAACAUGGCGACACAAGAUUUGCAAAGGAAUUCCGGGGAAACAUAACAAAGAGUAGUGUUAAUACAUUCUUCAACAUGACAUCGGAACAUUCAUCAUUCAUUCAUGAAUUCUUUAGAAUUUGAACUCUCUUAGGAAAGUGUGGAAAAGAGUUUUGUAUUCAUAACUUGAGAUUUUUGUGGAAGUAUAAAUUAUCACGUAGAAGAAGAAGUUUUUACUUUUAAA